CAUGUAGGCCUACCUGUCCAGCUGACACAAUGGUGUAUGCGUCACUCAGAAAUUUCUUUCGCACAAUAUAUCUCCUUGUUAUGGACUUGUACCACUUUCCCGAAGUUCGGGGUAUGUUUAAGGCCAUGAUUGGAGAAAAAUAGGAAAGACGAUAAAGUUAAUGGACAGCGAGGGGAAUGGCCUGGCUGCAGUCGAAGUUAAAGGAGUCCACUUACCGCUGUUUCCUCUUGUAGAAAGUAACAUUAACAAUAUUGACAAGUUUCACGCUCGUGGGGAUGAUGUUUUGAUAGUGAAUUGGCCUAAAUCAGGAACACAUUGGGUGUAUGAAGUGGUCAAACUGCUCAUGACGGGACGGGAAGAACUCACUGACAGCAUAAAAGAAGGCACCAUGUUCCCGGAGGCGUGCGCUGUAGAGUCCCUGGAAAAACUGCCGUCGCCGAGGAUUUUAGAUACACACGUGCCGCUGAAGCUGUUUCCAGAUGAAGCAUUGAAGAAAUCAAUGAUUAUAUACAUACUACGGAAUCCAAAGGACGCCUUCGUGUCUGGAUAUCAUCAUAGGAAAAACUUGAAAGGCGGAACAUCAUAUUGUGGAACUUGGAAUGGGUACUUUGACUUAACCAUAGACGAAAACGCAUGUUCACACCAGCUACACUUUUCCCUAGCGCGGAGACUGCUUUUUGUGCACACACAGGACCUUAAGAAAGAGGUACGCCGCGUUGCAGAAUUUCUAGGUUAUCCCAAAUCCGAAGAGGUCUACGAUAAUGUGACUAAAAAGUGCUCUUUUGGGCACAUGAAGAAAGCAAAAAAAGAGCCGAAAUUUUUCUGGAAGCCAGGAGACAGCAUGUACAGAAAAGGUAUUGUUGGUGACUGGAAGAACCAUUUCACUGUAGCGCAAAACGAAAAAUUUAACGCCAUCUUCAACGAGAUGCGAAAUAAACUUAGAGUGAGCGUUGACUUUGAGCUUUGAAGAAUGUAUUUGGGCCAAUAAUUUACCAGUAUAGGUCAAUGGCACGUUUUCAUAAUUGUUCAUCUAGGGAUUUUAAGAUGUUUUCUACAAUACUUUCGCACCAAAUCUAAUUUU